AUGCUAGACACAGCUAGCAAUGGGAACUUCCUCAACCAGGAUGUAGAUGAUGGCUGGCAACUUGUGGAGAACAUAGCUAACUCAAAUGGAAGCUAUGGAGAAGAGUAUGAUCGCACCAACCGGAGCUCGACCCACCACUCGAUCGAGUCAGACGAAAAGUUGAGAAAAGAUGUUAAGGCAUUGAAUGAGAAGUUGGAUAAGCUGAUCCUAGCUCAGUCCACAAUGAAGAAAGUCAACUUUGUGUCUGCUGAGGAGAUGGAACCAGUCCAAGAAGGGGAGGAUACACAAUUUGCUGAGGUGUGCUACAUGAGCAAUGGGCAAGGAGGUUACAACAAAGGAUACUAUAAUUACAAGUCCAACCCUGCCAUGUCAUACCGCAACACUGAUGUUGCUAACCCUCAGGACCAAGUCUAUCCUCAACAACAAGCAGCUCGAUCGAGUCAAGCCACAACAUGGGUAUGGUCAAAAGAACAAUUACCAAGGACCCAAGGGACUUUCCCUGGACAACAAAUGAAUAUCCACCAGGCUUUCCCCACCAACCACCCCAGCCUGCACCUACAAGAGAAUGAGCUCAAAGCAAUGCUAAACAACUACUUCAAGGGCAAGCUGAUGGGGGUUUACUCUCUGGAGAAUCAUGCUUCUUCUGUUGCUGCUGCUACAAAGCAAGGACAACUACCUGGUAAAGCUAUUCAGAACCCCAAGGAACAGUGCAAGGUCAUCUUCACUCAAGAAGGACUUGUUGAAGAAGAGGAUCAAGAAAGGGUCAUUGAAGAUUUUUGUUUACUGCUGAAUGAUGAUGAGAUUGUUGCUGCUGAGGCUCCUGGAGUCCAGAUUGAUCAACCAGAAGUGCAGGCACCUACUGUGGCCAUUCACACUUCACCAGUUGAGCUCGCACAACAAGCUCGAUCGGCAGUCGAAAUCUAG